AUGACGAUCACAGAAUCGCCUGCGAACUUCUGCACGCUAGGAUUCCAAAAAGUUGUGCCACACUGGAGUGCCAUCAUGGAGCAAAAUGUGUGGAAGCUCGAAAGAACCUCCCGAAUUGUGUAUGGUUCCAACAACCCACUGGUGAUGGGCCCCGGGUGCAUUUGCGUAUUACCCGUUGCCAAUAUGAGCGUUUGUGGAUCGGACGGUACAACAUACGACAGCAUGUGUCAACUUAUUCAGUUCGCCUGUAAACACCAACUCGAUUUAGUGGCGGUCUCGCUUGGAAUUUGCUCGGACGAUUCGUCAGAGCCUCGUGAGAGAAAUAAUCGUGAGAAAGACACCCCUUCCCUGAAGCAUCUUCCACCGUGCACCUCUAACAGCGACUGCGAAGCAAUAGGCGCUGUUUGUGAGCCGAUUGACGCAUUUUCUAGCAUGUGCAAGUGCUCCGAGGGUGAAAUAUUCCUGAGAGGACAGUUGCAGAGCAG